AUGACUGCUGGUGCAGAAGAAUCGGCAUCCGAUGCUUCUGUGGAUGUGGAUAACGACGACGAGGACGACGCUUUGUGCGUAUUGUACGCUGCUCCGCUUCUUUCAACUUCCACAAACAAUGCACUCAAUCACGCUGCCAAGUACCGUCUUGCUACUAACACGUCCCCCCACCCAUGCAUCAUCCUGUCUUCUCCAGCCCCCACAUACUCGCUGGUCACCCUCUCAGCCCGUCACUCUCCUCCAACGCUAUGCUCUCACGGUGAUUGCCGAUUGACAGAUCAUAAAUUUCUUGAUAUAUGUUUCCGACGCGGUCCAUCAUUCUUCUGCGGAUUGGGCGUUUGCCGUAGCUCCGCCCGCCCGAACAGCAGCGAUUGGUCGGCAGCGCAGAGCCACGCCCCGGCGGCGGCCUUUGAUGUGCCGACGCUGCCCGCCUCUUCAGCCUGUCACUCGCACGCAUUCUUGUCUACUGACAUGGUAUCCACUCACUCUCAAUACAUCACCGACUUCACACCUACGUCAAGUGUUGAUGCCGGCAAAAGCCCUCUGGCAAUGCUCGCAAAAACCUGCGAGACCAUUGGUCUCCCGGACACACCAUCUAAGAAAAGUCCAUCGGAGAAGAAGGAAGAAGGAAAGAAAGCGGACAGUCCGGCUGACCGACGAAAGGAACGAUCGCCGCGGGCGACACCGACGACAACCGCGCGCGUCGAGCCCACAUCGUCGACGACUACGUUCCCUGGGCUUCCGAAACCAAGCUUUCCGCUUGGUUUCUCGCCUACUUUACCGUUCACGUUCCCGUAUCCGAUGAUGCCGUACACAAUGCCAUUUCCAUCGUUUCCGAUGCAGUUCCCGAUGGCGGCACGACCUCCGUGCCCUUCGAUGCUGCUUCAGAGGCCUUGCGUAACACCCGGAUGCACUUCCUGCUCUCCGGACAUGCUUACUUCGUUUGCUGCUCAUCCGCUCUUCUCAACAUACUCGUCGAUGAUGCCUUCUGCUUCUAGCGCUUCCAUGCUGCCAACCUCCUACCAAACUCUUUUGGCAUCAUCCGCCGCUGCUGCUGCUGCUUCCGCCUCUUCUGUUCCUUCCACAUCCGGAACAUCCACAACCACCACAUCGAAACCGUCCAGUCAAUCGAAGCACACGUGUUCAUGGGUGGAAUCGACGGGGAUCUGCGGGAAACAGUUCUCCUCAGCUGACGAUCUUGCCAGCCACGUGAAGCAGGUUCAUACUCCAUCACCACCGUCAAGUGCUUCAUCCGUUACCCCGGAUGUCUCAAAAACACCACUGUCUCGUCCUAGUCUACCUCGUUUCCAUCCUUAUUCGAAACCUGCAACGCUUCCAAUGCCUCCUAUGAUGCCUUUUCCCUCAGCGUUGCAGGCAAUGUACGCUCAACGCCUUAUGUCCACCAUGCCUCAUCCUUGA